AUGUCGUCAGUUUCAAUCUCAGGUUCAUUUGAACCUCAACUUCGUCUUUCUCUUCCUGCUCCUCUUCUCUCAACACAACAACAACCACCCAUCCUCAACACAGAGGACCUUCGCCAACAACUCAAGACCCUCGACUCAGAGUCCCAGAACCUCCGAGCCAACCAAGCGCAACUCGAAGCGCAACUUGAGUCCCUUCGCACCAGAAUCGCCGCCAACGACAGCGUGGUUCAAGUCAUGAUGGAGCAACUUGACCAACAAGUUCUCGAGGACCAGCGCGCCGAGCGCCAAUCUGCCUUCCGGGGCACUGUCCUUGGUACCGACAACGUCAUCGAGGCCCUUCGUCACAAGGCGAGAGAAGAUGGCGAGUUGAAGAGCGCGCUCCUGGCAAUUGUCACCAACCGCGCCACAGCUGAUGACAACAACAAGGUCGGGGCGGCCCUGUUGACCGAAAUGUCUGGAGACGUCUUGCCCUUCCUGCACGACGUGGCCGCUCGUAUUCUGGAGUGCGACAAUGACAACGACCCUGCCUUGAUGGAAGUCCAAACCGUCGACGAAGACGAGUUUGACAUGCCUGCGCCAGCCGAAGAGCCCGAUCAGCUGCCCACCAUGCCUCCCAUGCGAUCGCCCAGCGUCAAGUCUGAAGCCAGCUCAGUCCAGGCCGUUCCCAGUAUCACUCGUCCCUUUUCAACCAUGAUCAACGCCUCUGCAGCACGUGCAUCGCUAGAACGCAUAUCCCGAACCCAACCUUACUCUCAUCUUGCCUCCAGCGUCGAACCACUCGCGCGUCCACUUCUUCAGGCUCAGCGUCGUCCAGCAGCACCAGCACGCCCAAGUCAAUCGCAGGAACCGGACCCUGCAGGCUUGACUCGUCUCGAAAAGAACUUUCCUGGUCUUUUGGACUCCCUGCGCGUGGGUCAAGAGCUGCUCAAUCCCAAGAAUACCCCAGCUGCCAAGACGAAACGUGCUCGUGAGUCUGUGGAAAGCGAUGCCAGCGGCACUGCCACUGCAACCGGCACCCAUGGAACCCAUGGCAAGCAAGUCAAGAAGCCGAAGCUUGAGAAAGAGCCAGCAUACACCCCCAACUUCGCAACCUUCAUCAAACGUCUCGAAUCCAUCCAUCGACAAGGCGGCAGCAUCGCCAGUCUGAUCCGAUGCCCGCGCUGCCAACACAUCAAGUCCAAAUGCCGCAUCCUCAGCUGUCUCCAUCUGUACUGCCACAAAUGUGUCCUGGCCCUACGAACCGAAGCCGAAAAGGGCAACGCAGUCACGGGCUUCCGCGCCUUCUGCGUCAAACCCGACUGCGACGCCGAAGUCAGUGGAAAGACGUCGGUUGUCGAGAGCGAAGCAAUGUCCUUCUUGAAAUGGUACGACGACCAGCCCGCCUGCCUGACCUCCACUGCGGCACAGUUGCAUAUCCUGAACGGCGCGCUUGAAGAUUUCCCGGACGAACAUGAGAUCCAGCGCAAGUUGAGCGUCGUGCAGGCCCAGGCCAAACACCUGAAGCGUACAAACCAGGCAGAUGCGCCCGCGGAUUUGCUGCAGCUGGUCAAGUUGGCCAGAAAGCCGUACUAG